AUGCAACCACCAACAGACCUCGAGCUCUGGUGCAGUGGGCAGCUUACAGUGUCGGAACAGCUUGCUCUAGCUCUCCAACGGGCCAUCGCGGAGAGCCCCCUGGAAAGUCAGGGCUUCUGGCCGGACCAUUUGGGCAGUGACAGGCCAACGCAGUGGCCCAUGGACCACCAACAGAGGGACAUCCCCCAAGAGGAGCCGGACCCCUGGGUAUUCGAUGAAGAGGAGGAGGAUACGACCCAUAUUUCAUUCAGGCUCUUUUCGCCCCACUAUGAGUCGGAGUCGAUUGACAUCUCCCUGACUUUCCCUCUGGUGGCUGAGGAUGUCCUCGACUUCCUCAAGGACACGGCGCGGGUGAUCUCCACUCCCUGGCUUACCACUGCAGCCUUCACACAACCACAGCUGAGUGAUGACCAUGGCAGUGUGGUCAUUUUGCCCUGCUGGCUGCGUGCAUCUCCGAAAACCAUUUUGGUCAUUGAUGCGAGCGAAGUGAACCAAGGGCAGUUCGCCUUCUACCACCAAGGCAGCCUCACUAGAGCUGCUGUGUUGGCGCAACUUGAGGCGGCCCCCCCAAACGCGGUUGACAUUUACGCGUUUGGCCGCCAGACUCCUCUUGCUGAGAACGAAGCCAUCGAGCCGAGCCUCGCUGGCCUCCUACGCGUAGUACCGCGUGGGUCGCAGGCAAAUUGGUCUUCGACCAUUGAACCCAGGCUCACACUGAGGGCUAACUGGGACCCGGACAGACCACACCCUGAUCAUGUUGGUGGCUCCCACAUCGCCUUUCAGACGGCCACGGACCAAAAGCUCCACAGGCUGGCAAGGGAAGAUCGCUUCACGCCCUUAGCGGUUGCGAGUGAGAUUUUCGACAGGGAGCAACAACAAAUUUGGGUGCGGGCCCCGACCCAUAGGCCGGUGGGACUCUACUGGAAAGGCAGGCGAGUCCACUCCAUCAUAGCGGUCGUCGACGCCUUUGAGCACCCGCCCAUCGACUCCUAUGUUGUGACCCUCGACCUCCGUGGCAUUGGUCUGUGGCCGAUCUGGAUUGCCUUACAGCAAAACUGCUUCUUCCCGGGGGAUGUUGUUGAGGCCCUGGACAUACACUUCUGCCCAGGCUUCUCCUUGGUGGUCUCAGGAGGCAGAAAAGGGCGCACACCAGGGCUCCUUUACGUACAAGAUGGAGAUCUUCUUGAAGUUUCGCUGCGCUCAACGGCAGACCUCACGCCCACUCAACAUGAAGGAGGUGAAAGUGAGGGUGAUGAUGAAGGGCACUCUGACGAUUCAGGGUCCACACGGGACGCCCUUCCAUCCUCGGACGAACUUCCAGAUGCCCCAGGGCCCUUUGGACCCGGCCCUUUUGGCCCCCCGCCUCCACAGCCCGUAAACCGUGACCGAAGUCGGACACCGGAGCGAGGGCGCCGAACUACUGAGAGCUGCCCCUUGAAGAUUUCUCUGAAGGAGCAUCUGCCUGGUGGUGAUCGGGUAGAGUACCACAGCCUAUCUGCGCAGACCAUUGUCCUUCCGCAGGAGCACUUCGACCCAAGGCUGAUAUACCGACCGUGGCCUCUUACGUGGUUGCAGUUUGAUGUUUCGGCCCUUGACCUCCCUCGGUGCACCCAAGAAGCGCUGCAUGACUUCUGGCCUUGGACCUACCUUGCCUCGCUUGAGAAGCCACCGAACACCCUCCACCUCCGGCUCUACACUGACGGUUCUUGGCUGGCGAAGGAAGCCCUCGGAGGUUUUGCUGUCGUGAUCGUCGUGGAAAUGCAGGACAAGAAAGCACUCUUCGGAGCGAUUUGCUCCCAGACGCAUGGAAACGAAGGGUCCCCUUGGCCCUCGCAAGGCCCGCCUGCCUUGCGAAAUGAACAGUUCGCGAUUGCAGCUGCUAUGCUCUGGGUCUUCCAAUCUCUGCCGUGGCUUGCGUUUGAGACCAUCACCUUCUGCUUCGAUUGUAUGGCUGCCGGUUUCGCUGCCAGCGGAGAGUGGGCGCCGGACUGUGAAAUGAUGCAGCGCAUACGAAAUCUGCAUCUUUGGCUAGCUCAGGUGACAGGGGCAAAGCUUGCGUUCGAGCAUGUCAAGGCGCACAACAACCACCCUAUGAAUGAACUAGCCGAUUGCAUUGCUAAGGCUGCAGCUGCCGGCAACCUCAAAGGUCUCCAGCCCCCAGUUGAGAACGUGACCUUCAUCCUAGAGAAUGACCUUUCAUGGAUCGCUCCGGUGCUUGAUCCGGGUCAACAAGAGGCUCUACCUCUCCUGCAAAGUGAUAAACUUCGGUGGGAACCAGAUGAAGCCUUUUCUCCUUUCAAGUUGCGGCCUGAACAACUCGUGCCCACGGCGACCAAGCAAAUUGGCCGGCAAGCCACAGCUACCACCGAAAUCGACAUUGUGGCCAUUACCCUGAAUGCACAGGGAUUACAAGCCAAAUGUCCCUACCUCGAGGCGCAAUUUGUCGAGGCUGCUGGCCACAUCAUCUUCCUUCAGGAAACCAAAAUGCCUGUUGGAGUGUGUACCUCAAGAACAUUUUUGCGUUUGGGGACCGACUCCCACAAGCACUGGGGAGUCGGGAUUUGGGUGAGUCGGACCCUUGGCCUCUUCACCACUGAGGGCAGAGCCGUGCGCAUUGACGAGCAGGACGUCUAUGUUGUCAAGGAGUCCCCGAGGAUGCUUGUCGUCGAAAUUGCGGUUGCGGGCCUCCGUGUUGUGCUCUUUUCGGCACACUGCCCACACUCGGGACAACGUGCAGCCGCUGCCGAAUUCCUCAAGGACCUACAUGACACGCUUGCCCCGCUGCGGGGUGCGCAUGUGCUCCUUGGCGGUCUGGACUUAAAUGGCAGACCACCAGGCUCAUACGAGCAAGUCACCGGGGAUCUCGACUUUGGCGCCCCAGACGACACUGGCAAAGAGGCAGCUGCCGCCUUCCAUUCCCUCGGUUUAUGGAUGCCUUCCACCUUCUCACAGUUCCACACUGGGGAAUCACACACAUUCAGGCAUCCACAAGGGCAACUUCACCGCCUAGACUUUGUGGUCCAGGGAGGCAAACUCGAGGUCCAUGAGGUUGGCAGCCGAGUCCUCUACGAGCUUGAUGCAGGUGGCAGCUCUGAUGACCAUUGGGCCGCCAGAGCAGCCUUCACAGGGAGCAUCCCCCAAGCGGGACACCAGACCCGCCUUUGGCGGCCAAAAUACGACCUCGGCAAGCUGAGCAGUGUAAAGGGAAAAGCCAAAGUCGCUGAGGCUAUGAAAGCAUACAGCCCUCCGCCUUGGAAUGUACAUCCUGAUGCGCAUUGCCAGCAUUUCACUGAGUACGUGCAGGACCUCCUCGAGUCGCACUUCACCAAACCGACGGAUGCACCGCGAGCUGACUACAUCCCCGAGGAAAUCUGGGACCUUAGGCAGGCCAAACUAGCCUUGAAGCUACGAACGAGGAGUAGAUCCAACUUGUGGAGCAGUCUCCUUCGUCGCGCUUUCCUUCAAUGGGGUCGCGGCAUCAACAUGGGGCUCGACCAGCUUCUCCGCAAACAGGGGCUCCUCUACCAGAUCACCUCCGCGGCCAUUGCCUUUGCCACCUCGCUGAUCAAGAAGGGCAUCCGGGUCGCCAAGGCAAACUACCUGAAGAAGUAUGCAGCCAGUGGAGGGUCGCACCCAGCCGACAUCCUCCACCACCUCAAAACGGCAGGCCUGGGCGGCAAGAAGGCUCGACAGGCCCAUCGCCAGCUCCCACUCCUUUUGGAUACUUCUGGAAGACCUGUGAAGACUCGGAGGGAUCGGGACCUCCUUUGGCUCUGCCACUUUGGCAAACAAGAGCUUGGUCAGGUCGAGGCUGUUGACAAAUUCCUGGAGCGUGAGCACACCCCCGUCUUUGUCGAUCAAGAUCUACAAUGGCGUGUGGACGACCUACCGAGCCUUGCCGAGAUCGAGGCGGCCAUUCGGCUUGCCCCAAGAGGUCGUGCGGCAGGACUCGACGGAAUCCCAGCAGAAGUACUGAAGGCGGCACCCGGCCCGAUGUCGGCUGCUCUGCAGCCACUUUUCACCAAAGCCUCCUUGAGAUUGCGCCAACCCCUCCAGUGGCGAGGCGGCAUAUUAUUCGAAUGCUGGAAGCAAAGUGGCAAGCGCUCUGACCCAGCUUCCCACCGAAGCUUGUUUGUCAGCUCUGUGGUGGGGAAGUGCUACCACAAGUUGACAAGGAGGAAGAUUCAGGGAUGUGUCAAUGCCGGCCUCCACGAAUUCCACCUUGGGGCGAGGAAGGGACAACCGGUGCUCUACCCGGCUGCCUACAUCCUCUCCUUCCUCCGGAGAGCUGAAUCCAGAAGUUUGUCGGUCGGAGUCUUCUUCUUGGAUGCAGAAGCUGCAUAUUAUAAGAUAUGCAGAGAACUGGCCACAGGUACCAUCGUCGACGAUACCACCGUCGUGGCCAUCCUUGAGCGCUUCAGGAUCCCGCCUGACGACCUCCACAUGCUGAUGAAGGAGAUCUCGGAAGGAGGGAUGAUGGCGGACCUUGGAGUCCCGCCAACGGUCCGGCACAUGGCCAAAGACCUUCAUGCGAACACUUGGUUCGUAUCCCCGCAUGGGGACGGAGGCCUGCUCUCACGCACCAGUGCGGGGAGUAGGCCGGGGGAAAGCUGGGCAGACGCAAUCUUCAGCUUCGUAUUUGGCCGAGUCCUGGCCCGCAUCACGGAAGUGGCGUCAGGAGAACAACUGCUUGACACCAUCAAUGCGGAUGCCUCCGAAGGACCCUUUUCGACCCCGGGCAAUGGCGAGGAAGCAUGUGCGAGUGAUGCCACUUGGGCUGACGACAGUUCGUGGGCACUGACGGACAGGACACCAGGGAGGCUCAUGGCAAAGGCGACGCGGCUGUGCUCAGUCAUCCUUAGCCAGUGCCAAAGCUACGGCCUUGUCCCGAACUUGAAGCCUGGGAAAACGGCGUUGCUACUCAGGCUCUUGGGACGGGGAGCCAAAGGUGUGCAGAGCACCUACUUUGCACAUGGACGCCGAACAGUCCGCCUACACGAUGUCGACCUCGAGGUGCCAGUCACGAACCACUACAAGCACCUUGGAGGUGUGGUCGAAGCUCGAGGAUAUGGGGGAUGCGAGGCCAAGCGGAGGCUGGCCAUUGCGGCGGCCGCUUUUGACAAAGGCAAGGACCUCAUCUACCUCAACACAACCAUUCCUCUACCGGUGCGCUCUGCCAUCCUACAGGUAGCCGUGACCUCCACAAUGCACAAUAUUGCACUGUGGACACCGGAGGGCCCCCAGUGGGCCAAGCUAUGUGGAGGUUAUGCGCGAUUGGUGCGACGGCUUUUGAUGAAGGAUGUGGAUCCGGAGUCCCUCCUCCACAUACCGGCUGUUUUCGCACAUGUCGCGGCAGAAUGCCCGCAGCUGCAGCUAGUUGCGAGAAAGGCAAGGCUGUCGUUGAUAGCCUCCAUGGCAAAGACUGCCCCUUUGGCUCUGUGGGCAGCGCUGCAAGAGGAGGAAAGCUGGCUUCGUACUGUUGCUGCCGACCUUGCUUGGCUACGACAGGGAGCAGAGGACAGCUGGCCACCGCUCGGCCCGGCUCAUUGGCUGCAGUGGAGGAACAUCCUCCGCGACUCCACGGCAUGGUACAAGCGGCAGGUCGCGGCGAAGACUAAAGGUGCUUCCAUGGCCUACUACAAGGCGCAAAGGGUCGCCCUCUCGUUGUGGGCUAUCUAUCGGAAGGCCUGCGAGUGGUUGCCCGAGGAGCACUCCGUUGUCACGCAGUUUGUUUGUCGACCCUGCGCCAAGACUUUCCGUACCAAAGGGGCGCUUGGUGCGCAUUUCAUGAAAACGCACGGAAGAUGUGCCAAGUACAGAGCUGUUGUGCACGGAUCUAUCUGCCGCUCUUGUGGAGUCCAGUACUGGACGGUCGGCCGUUUGGCACGACAUCUCCGAGAUGCGCCCUGGUGCGUGUCCACCCUACGGGCCACUGGAGUGACUACUGCUGCCUUGGCCCCUGGCACUGGCAGCCGCUUCCGAAGAAAGGCUGAGCAGGACGAUUACCAUCCCGCGCCGCCCAUCCAGGUUGCACAACCGACAUCCCCAAAGGAUGGAAAUGACUGGGAUGAUGUCCAGAAGGAGGCCCACUUUGCCCUCAGCCAGGCCCUGCAGGAGGAAGACCUUCCGACUACCCCUGCUGAGGCCCUCGACCUCAUCCAGGCUGUGCUUGCAAAGUUCCCGCUCUACUUUGAGGAGGCGAGAGCGGUCGUUUUUGAGAUCUCGUCUGAGAUUGUCUUGAUUGAGACUGACCUACUGCAGGAAUAUUGGACCCCUGCGGUGUGCCAUGCCUUCAAGACGGCGAUCGACACCUUCCUCACGUCCGAGUGGGCAACGGGGCCUGAAGUUGAAGGUCCAAGGGUGCCACCUGUCACCUUUGAGACAACAACGGGUGAGACCGAUGGGUUUGAUUGGGCCGAGCUCACUCGCAAGCUUGGCAAUCCGCACGGGACCCAGCGAGCUUCAGCAUGGACACUGCCUUCUGACUGGGAAGCCGAUUGGUCAAAACGCAGUGCUGAAGUAAGUUCUUCGGCCGUGCACAGACGUCUGUGGAGUUGGAUCCCAAGGGUCCUGCAGUUGGCUUGGGAGCACUUCCUUUCUGGAGGGACUGUACAGCUCUCAGCCCCUAGUGACUUCUGGGACAGCCCACUCGCGGAGCCUUUUGUGAGCUUCCGCGCUGAUUUGCACUUUAAUUAG